AUGGCGGAACCAAUGGACGUCGUCAAGGCGGAGGAGCAGUUCAAGACGAUGGAGCACUCUGAGCAGCAUUACUUUAACAGCUACAACCACCAUGGCAUUCACGAGGAGAUGUUGAAGGACGAGGUUCGGACAAGGUCGUACAUGAACGCUAUUGUCCAGAACAAGCAUCUGUUCAAGGACAAGGUCGUUCUUGAUGUCGGUUGCGGCACGGCCAUCCUGUCGAUGUUCGCUGUCAAGGCUGGCGCAAAGCACGUUAUUGGCGUGGACAUGUCUACGAUCAUCUUCAAGGCACGGGAGAUUGUCAAGGUCAACGGCAUGUCGGACAAGAUUACGCUGAUCCAGGGCAAGAUGGAGGAGGUCAAGCUGCCGUUCGACAAGGUUGACAUUAUCAUCUCGGAGUGGAUGGGCUACUUCCUUCUGUACGAGAGCAUGCUGGACACGGUGCUAUACGCCCGCGACCGGUACCUGAACCCGGACGGUCUCAUCUUCCCGGACAAGGCGACGAUCUUUGUGGCUGGCAUCGAGGACGGCGAGUACAAGGACGAGAAGAUUGGCUUCUGGGACAACGUGUACGGGUUUGACUACAAGCCGCUCAAGGAGACGGCUCUGUCGGAGCCGCUGGUCGACACGGUGGAGCUCAAGGCGGUGGUGACGGACCCGACGCCGGUGCUGACGCUGGACCUGUACAAGUGCAAGACGGAGGACCUGGCGUUUAGCGUGCCGUUUGGUCUGCACUGCAAGCGGGACGACUUUAUCCACGCGCUGGUGGCGUGGUUCGACAUUGAGUUUUCGGCCUGCCACAAGCCGGUGCGGUUCUCGACGGGUCCGCACACCAAGUACACGCACUGGAAGCAGACGGUGUUUUACCUGAAGGACACGCUGGCGGUGCAGCAGGGCGAGGAGGUGCAGUGCUCGCUGAGCAACCGGCCGAACGACAAGAACCGUCGCGACCUGGACAUCAAGAUCGAGUACAAGCUGGAGACGACGGACGUGACACGGGCGGCACAGGGCGAGUGCUCAUACAAGAUGUGCUAG